CACACAAGACACACAUCUACAACAAGAACAAGCGUUUCGUGCACUGCUUCGAAUCCAAGCGAUAACCGCCUGUAAAACUUUACCCAUAAUGGCCGACUUGACGGUAUUUGCCGAAUCCUUGAUCGCAACUGUUGCGAGAGCCUUUUACGACGACGAUGCUGUUUGCUUGAUCGAUGUUCUCAUUCGAGACAAGUUUCUUCGCGACGAUGAUAUGGCAAAACGGCUSACCAUGCCMGCAAAGAAGCUUCGCUCUACCCUGCAAUUCYUGCAGGACGAGCAGCUGGUCAAAUGGGAAACCGUUGAUGAUUUGAACCAGGGUGGUUCCCAGUCCACGAAAUUUUGGUACAUUGAUUACAACCACGCGGUGCACACAAUCCGAUUGCGGCUACAUUUGUUGCGGAAAGAACUAGAAGCCGACGAAAAUCGCAGUAGAAGCUCGUCCUUUUAUUUGUGCGAUGGGUACAAGGCGCGGCGCUGCAAUGGUCGAUAUAGCGAGGAGGAAGCCCAGCAAAUGGUCGACAUGAACACGGGAGCGUUCUUGUGCCAAGAAUGCUAUCUGAACUACAACAACAACCCGAAUGGGCCUCCGGUAGAUACAUACACACUGCGACUAGUCGAUAACGCAGAUGAAUUGCGGCGUGCAGUGAAUAACAUUCGAAGGGGUAAGUAUCUUUGGGUAAAAAGUGGUUUCAUACCAUUCUUMAAGAGUGCAGAGUUGUAAUCUGUGCACUGAAKGAUUUACGAUCAGGCCUUGAGUUCUAUCAUUGUGCUCUCUUGAGGGAAUCCGGAAAAGGACGAGCAUGGACCUCACGGAGAAACUAUUUUCUAUUUCUAUUGUGUAUUGGUUUCGUCGAUGKUAUGAUGUAGUGAAUGUUCAGUURUCGGGGAAAACGGUUGGGAGUCAACAGCUAAGAGCCGGUAUAUACGAUUUGAUUCAAAAAGUGCGAGGAAAAGGGAAGGCUCCUAUCACAAGCAACUUGCCUUCGGAAAACUUUGCGUUAGGAAGAGGUUCGAAGCGAAUUGAAGGGUAAGUAUACUAACAGGAGUUGUUGAUCCCUUGCAGUGUAUUCUACGAAUGCGAAUUCCAACUUUUUCCUGACCUCACCACUGGUGAAUGGACCGUCAUUCAUCGGUCGGUUUAUUUACCUUGUCACCAUUUUCACAAUGCAGAACCGGGCGUACUGCUGGAAUYAAAACUCGUAAAUUACAAAAAGAGGGCGUAGCAGACACAGCGGACUCUGCUAGGAAUAUUUUAGUAGGUGGUGGCAAGCGUACUGGCUUCCAAUCGGACUUGACGUUCUUGAAGAAUGCCAUGGGGGAUGGAGUCCACUUUUGUAUCGAAAAAGGUGGGAGUGCUCGAGCCAAUUUGUUGAGUCAGCACCAUUCAAAUCUUCAACGAAAAAAGAGGAAAUUAUUGGAUGCCGCAGCGACUAGGGUCGGAACGACUGUCACUCUGUUGGAGCAAAAGGAAAAUGAGGAACGAGAAAAACGUAAGCAARAAGAAGAAGAAGAGCGAGAGCGUAGAGAGCAAGAAAACCAGACUGGAGAAAACGGACGUGACAAUGGCGACGAACACAGCAACAAACAUACAAAGAAGGAAGAAAAUGGUGGUGGAAAAACUGACGAAAAGACCAAGAAAGCUGUCAAUGGAAAGGUUCUUCUUGGAACAACCGGUAUGGAUUGGCUAAACGACAAUAUAUCAAGUAGGGCCGAGUUAGACCGAGAAAUGGAAAAAUUGCGACAGCAAGAUAGAGAACAAGAAAUGUUGUUAUUGGCUGCUACUGCUGAACAAAACGACGUAUCGCACAACGCUAGAUCAAAAUACAUAUUCUUAUCAGAUUACAUAGACCCCGCUCUCCAAGCCCCUAGUCUAUGGGAUGAAAAAACUCGAAAGAUGACGUUCCAAUCCCUAUAUAAAAAAGAAAUUGGCAGACAAGCCAGUCUCUUGGAACUUCCGGAGUACAGGGAGACAGCAGGGACUUUUUCGAGCCCGCCUAAGGGGCUCAUGCCCUCAGCCAAUGUUGUUGAUGAUCGAGCGGUCGCCUGGGAGGAUGGUUAGGCCGAACCAAGAGCAACCACAUAAAAUAUAAAKCGUCCUUGACGUCGUUUGCAAACAGGAUGGCUUCAAUCGAGAAGGGAUUCUUUGUUUGUGCUAACUUAACUGCGUUAUUGAUGACGAGACCAAUUUAACUUCCAUGCCGUCUUUUGAAUUGACCAUCUAACUUUUUUGGCAUGAGUUUAAAUCUAUCAGCACACUUUUUWGAGACAUAUURACAAAUUAUCAUGGAUUAGCGAUAUCCUUCUUUCUUGGACCGAAGUGCGAAGUAAGCAAUGAUACGGGGCCAUAAAGCAAAUAGAAACAGCAUGCUUGUAUUGAAUGCAACUGUGUUUUUGACUCGRAACAAAUCCAAGACAAUGUCGGGAGAGACCGUGCCCUCGAUACUUCCGUCACAUUGAGGGAUGAUAUCACUUCCAUCACACGGUAUUGGUUCACUGAAAACAAUUGGGAGGACAGAAAAAAAUGCGUAACUAUAGGGAGAUACAUAUUGCCCCCACGCCAACCACGAAGGGACGUUUUGAACAAAGAACCCUCCCAACAAUGCCAAAAAAAGAGCAACAACAGUCAAAACUGUUGCCCCUUUCUCCAUGUCGUAAAUUGUGGAUCCGACAAGGAGUCCGAGGGCCUCUCCAGCCAUGACGCUCAUUAAGGUGAUCCCCACGGUGGAGAUGAAUACUAAGCAGCUUGUACUUAUCGACGCCAUCCAAAAACUUAUUGUCAURUAAAGGCAUGGGAGUAUGAUCAGGGCAGGUAGCUCACUAGUCGUCUUAGCAAGAAAGUAUGCGCUGAGACGAUACGAUCCACUUGAKCGUUCCUUCAAAACCACUUCUCGUUCGGUAGGAAAGGUCGUAAAAGAUUGAAACAUGGAUUCCAUGACCCACAACGUCAUAGUAAAGAAGAAAUAUGAUCCACGAUCAUGAAUAGAUGCCUCGGUGUAAUCCAUCUGAAAAUAUAGGGCCCCGGUUACCAAACCAAGAAGAAUACUCUUCGUGAUAUUCAUCGGAGUGAAAAUGGCGGACUUGGAGUUUUUGAGAGAUCGAUUCACAAGAAUCUUAUACUGCUGUCCCCAGCUGGUAUUGUAUUUAGAAUAAUUCUUGUCUUUGUUU